GUUAUGUUAGCCAAGAAGCCUGCCAAGUCCCCGGACUGGCGGCGAAGCCGCCAUUGGCGAGAGCCUGGACCAGCCUAAGGAGGACGCACCAGUGGCGGAAGAAGCGGAACCUGAGAACACCUUGGUGGAGGAGGCGAGGGGGGGCCCGACGACGGUUGUGGUUUUCAGGACCUUUCGGCGGAACAGUUGCCAAAUAUUUCGGAGGGUUCACCUGCCGCCCCAUCGCCACCCCUAUUGCAGCUGUUGUGGAGGAGGAGGAGGAGGAGGUAGGAGGAGAGGAGGAAGAGGUAAAGCAGGAUGCGGUGGAUCAGGCUUUGUUGCAGGACGUGGCGGAACAUUUGGAGGCGGGAGAACCUCAGUGGAAGAGGAGGAGCUGUUUUCACAUCUUCUUCUGCACCUUGUUCACCGGAGGUCACCGACCACCAGGAGGCCCUCUACAGCCUGGAAAGCCUCAUAGCGGCCAGUAUCUCCCUGGGGGAUUUGCCCUCCGAGAGGACAUGGGCUCCUUCCUUCCGGCCCAAACGUUUGUCCACAACCUCCAGCUCAGGGAUCCAUGGGAUUGCUCUACUCAGCGAGACUCGCAGACCUGGCUCUACAGACCAGAUGAAAGAUGCGAAAGCCGGUGAAGAUGACGAUUUGUCGGUUUCGGAUCUUCAAGUCUUCGCCACCAUUGCUGCUGCCUGGUCGCUGGCCGAAGCGGAUACUCCGGAUGGUGCUAAACCAGCGUGUCACCUGACCUGCUGCCCCGCCGCCGCUCCUCCGCGCGUCCGCCUGUCCCGCAGGACGUACAGCUGGACGCCCAAAACCAAACCGGUGUGUCCACUCAAGGCCGCCAUUGAUAACCUGGACACUCAGGAGGUGGAGAUGCGGAUGAAGCUGGCGGAGAUUCAGCGGCGGUACAAGGAAAAGCAGAGGGAGCUCGCCAAACUACAGAGACGGCACGACCACGACAAGGAGGAGAUUUCCAGGAGUCCCGUGCGACGAGGUCCGGGAAGGCCCAGAAAACGGCCGCACUGCCGCGUCCCCUCCUCGCUUCGGCCGUACGACAACAAGAAGCCCAAGUCUCUGAGUAGAAGCCUGAGCCUCCUGUGCGCUGAGCUGCGCGGCGAUGGGGAGCCGAAGAAGAAGAAAAGUAAAACAUCGGAGGAGAGUUACAGCGACGCGGAUCACAAAGCGGUUAAAAUGCACUGUAAGAUGGUCUGCCCUCAGAACAAGCUGGUGUCCAAUCUGGCACGAAAGGUUUCCCAGCUGAAGACCAAGGCGUUGGGCUCCGGCCCUUUUCAUCACCGGGAGGUUCUCCCCGCCAGCAAGCUGCAGAAGAAACUGCCGCACCAUAAAGGCUCCUGCCUGAAGAUGGAGGGAGUGGAGAGGAAAGGGCAAGAAAGGCCGAGGUCGGGGGUCAGCUCAGAAGGGGCUGCUGAGGCCGCAGAUGAGGACCAUGACGAGGACUCAGACAGCGACGAAGGGGAGCAGGACCUUCCCGGGCAUUCUAGCCACGAGUCCAGCUUGUCGCUGAGCACUCCUGGUAACUCCUCGCUGGUGGGUCCCUCGGCCUCUGCGGUGGUGAAGAUGGAGGCCAACCAAAAGGCAAAGAAGAAGAUCGAGCGGCAGGGAUUACUAGGCUCAUGUGGCAUCACCAGCCCGGAGAACGAGGUCAAGAUCCGCAAACGUUCAGCUAAAAUGGAAGCUCGUCCUGACAAGACUCUAAAGAAGAAAUCCCUGAGCCACAAGGGGAAACCAGAAGGGAGUCUCAAGCGCAAAUCGCCUUCCGACAAUGGGACGCUGACACCCAACAAGGGCUUAUUCUGCACCCCAAACCAGGUCCUGAAGAAGGACAAAAAAAGCAAAAACAUCCAGAGAAAGAAUGGGGUUCUGAGUCUUUCCCUGACAUCGAGGUCUCCGAAGAAUCUUUUGAAAGAAGGGAUGAAGAUGGGGAGGCUAAAGUCCAAACAGGAGCGAGGACGCGCCAUCAGCCGCCUUCUGCAAAGCUUUGCCGUAGAAGACGACUUCCAGUUUGAUGAUAACAGCAGUUUUUCGGAAGGAGAAGAGGAGGCCAGCUCAACGGGCAACAAAUCUCACAUCUGCUCAUUGUCCAAGAGGGACCUGAGGGAAGGUCUGCAGGUUCUCAUCCCCAAAGAGGACAAUCUCCUGUACGCCGCCAGCAUCCGGAGUCUGCAGCCCCCCGACAUAUACAGCGUUGUCAUAGAGGGGGAGCGAGGAAACCGGCCGCGGGUCUACUCCCAGGAGCAGCUCCUGCAGGAAGCGGUGAUAGACGUUCGACCUCAAUCCUCGCGCUGCUUACCGCACGGCACUCGUGUCUGCGCCUACUGGAGCCAAAAGUCCCGAUGUCUGUACCCGGGGAAUGUGGUGAAAGGGUCUUCGAGUGAUGAAGGGGAGUCAGACUCUGUGACUGUGGCGUUUGACGAUGGAGACCGGGGGAGAAUUACACUCAACAACAUCCGCCUGCUGCCUCCGGACUUCACAAUUCAGUGCACGGAACCCUCGCCAGCUCUACUGCUGUCCGCUGAAUGCCGUAGAACGAAGCGGUUUGCCAGUAACACAACAACUACAUCGGAGUCCUCACAGAACCCUGGCCCGGAAAACCGAGAGGCAGCGGCAGACACACCGAGGAACACUGGCAAGAAAACCAUGAGCAAGGAGAAAACAGAUAAUGUGGACGUGUUCAACUCAGGUGCAAAGACUCCUCAGCCUGCAACCAACUUCCUGGGCCGCUCGAGCAGUAUGGAGUUGAGCUGGCCCUCUCAAGGCAAGCGUCGAGCUGCAAGCAAGACAAGUGGCGGGCUUCCCGAUCCCUUCCAAUCCCAAGGGAGCGGCAAAAAGCAAAAAUCCCGGGAGCAGCCGCAUGUUUUCGGUAAUGGUUUUGGAGCGGACUCCUUCAGCAGCCUGGCCAACUCCUACAGCCCCUUUGGGGGCAGUGCCAACAGCAGCAUUGCCUCAGGACAAAAGCCAAUACGGACAAAGAAAGGGGAGAGGCCGGAGGAGGAGGACAAGGGCAAGGGGGGAAAACGCAAGUCGAGUAAUGAGUUUCUGGUCAAACUUGACCACGAGGGGGUCAUGUCCCCGAAAACAAAGAACGGUAAAGCCCUCCUGCUGUGCGACAAAGACUUUGGGCUCCGGAUUGGACAGAGCUACGGUGCUUCAUCGGGAUUGGCCAAGGACAAGAAGCGGAAGCCACCUUUGCACGAGCACCUGUCCAUGGGCCUUGCACUCGGGAAGUAUACUGGGCAAACUGAAUUUGGCGUGAACUGUGACAGUGACUGCUCAUACUCUGAUCAGGAUGAGGAGGAUAACACGGGGGGGAUACGAGCGAGGGUCCCGUCUAGAUUUCUGACGGGACUAUCUGUUUCUUCUUCCUCCUCUGGGUCUUCUUCAUCUUCUAGCUCUGGCUCCAUAUCCAGCUCCAGCAUAUGCUCUACGGACAAUGAGGACUUCUCGGAGAGUUCAGACGAAGCGGACUCUGCCAUGCUUUUGCAGCCCUGCCUCACGCACCCUGUGCCUGCUUUGUUAGCGCAGCACGCAGAGGAUGGCGCACAAGGGUCCCGGGGUUGCUUUGUCUCAGGACAAAAAGCCAAACAGAGGAGGAAAGGGACCCCAUCAAAUUUUCCUAAAACCAAAGAGCCCCUACCCAGACAGCAACGCCUGCCCUCCGUGGAAAACCGGCCAAAGAUUUCCACCUUCCUACCCGCACGCCAGCUCUGGAGGUGGUCUGGAGAGCCUACCCAGAGGCGGGGAAUGAAAGGCAAAGCCAGAAAACUCUUCUACAAGUCGAUCGUGCGGGGGAAGGAGACCUUGCAUGUGGGCGAAUGUGCGGUUUUCCUGUCGGCCGGACGCCCGAACCUGCCCUACAUCGGACGCAUCGAGAGCAUGUGGGAAUCCUGGGGCGGCAAUAUGGUGGUGAAAGUCAAGUGGUUUUACCAUCCUGAAGAAACGAAACUGGGCAAAAGGCACAGCGAUGGCAAAAACGCAUUGUACCAGUCGUCGCACGAGGAUGAAAAUGACGUACAGACAAUCUCACACAAGUGCCAGGUGGUGAGCCGCCAGCAGUAUGAAAAGAUGAGCCACAGCAAACGCUACCAGGACCGGCAAAACCUCUACUACCUGGCAGGGACUUAUGACCCAGGAACUGGGAGGCUGGUAACUGCGGAGGGUGUGCCAGUGCUGUGCUGAAAUGCCACACGGGAGUUGACUGGGGGGGAGGGGGGGGGGAGGUUAUCACUCUUACUAGACAGCACUUCGCACCAUCGUACAUCAAAGGCUCGCCGGUAGCAUGUACCAAUCCAGAAUCCUCGAUACACAGAACAAUUGUCACAUCCACCAACCCUCACAGAAACAAAUACGCACAAUUCCUGGCCACCUAAGAGGCGAACAACGCGUGAACCGACACGCCAACACUACUACAAGACAACGGGCUCCUAAAGCACCUCCAGGAGUCGAGUUUACUUGGACUGUUCCUGAAAUCGGCAGAUCCUUCUCUGUUAGGGAAGAUGAUGGUUACACAUUUCUGAUCAGGUCUGAAGCUCCAUGAUGUACGAGGCAUUGGGGGCACCCCACACUAAAGAACUGUUGUUCCGGCCUAUUCAAACCUGAGCAACUCUUUAUAUUCCUUUUUUUUUUUUUCUUUUGUCAAAACCUCAGUGAUUUAUUAUCACAGACGUGUCUAGAUAUCGCCACACGUAAGACAAUCGUAGUAGACCAGUUCUCUGACAGUCCAAAACUUUGUUUUGUCCUUUAAUUAUCUGAAGGUGAAAUUGCACAGGUUUUGUUUUUUGGGCCAUUUUAAGCUGGAUGAUCUUGAAGAUAGAGUGAGGAGUAAAAAUGUGAAAAAAAAUUACCCAUUCCCUAGGACAAUUGUCUAGGGUCGGUGAUGGCAAACCUUAGCACCCCAGAUGUUUUGGAACUACAUUUCCCAUGAUGCUGAACUACACUGCCGAGUGCAUGAGCAUCAUGGGAAAUGUAGUUUCAAAAUAUCUGGGGUGCCGAGGUUCGCCAUCGCUGGUCUAGGGGUUCAAAAGCCACGUGAAGCAGUAUGUUGUUCCUUGGAUCUCUUUCAAAAAUGCUCCAAAAAUCUGAAUAUUUGAAUAGAUGUUUUUUGGGUCUAUUUUGAUAUUGGUCCAAAAACUGAAAUCUUUUAAAUAUUAUAUUUUUUUGUUUCAUUUUAAAAUUGGCCCAAAGAAAUCUGAAUUUCUAAAUUUAAAAUGUAGUAUUAUCCUGAAAAUCACAAUCUUUGAAUCAAUGUUUUCUGGAUCCAUGUUGAAAUUUGUCUAAGACGAAAUCUUCAAAAGAUUUUUUUUAUUUUGAUAUUUGUUCAAAAACUGAAAUAUUUGAAUUUAAUGGUUUUUGGAUCUUAUUUUUGAUAUUGGUCCAAAAACAGAAAUAUUCGAAUAAAUGUUUUUUUUGGAUCUAUCUUGAUAUUGGUUAAGAAAUUUAAAUAUGUCAAAAUAAGAUCCAAAAACCAUUAAUUCAAAUAUUUCAAUUUUUUUUAUCAAGUAACUUUUUAUUGAAAAUAAGAAAAAGGAGUACAUAUCUUGCGUAACACAAAGCCACAUGUCGCAGCAUGAAGAGGCACAUGUAAACAAGGCACAGUUCAACUUUCCUUUGGUGUCCUACUGCUUCAGUGCAAAUAAUAACAAAUAUUAACCCAAAUAUUUCAAUUUUUUUAACCAAUAUCAAGAUAGAUCCAAAAAAACAUUUAUUCAAAUAUUUAUAAGUUUUUUGGACCAAUAUCAAAAAUAAGAUCCAAAAACCAUUAAAUUCAAAUAUUUCAGUUUUUGGACUAAUAUCAAAAUAAGAUCCAUUAAUUCAAAUUAGUCCAAAAACUGAAAUCUUUUGAAUUUAUUUUUAGUUGAUUCAGAUUUCUUUGGACCAAUUUAAAAAAAAAAUUAAAUACGUUUUUGUAUUGUUACUAAAAUCUAGCUUUUUGAAUAGCGGUUUUUGGAUCGAUGUUGAUAGCGAUUUAAAGUUUUUGAUUUUGGUAACAAUACAAAAAUGUAUUUAAAAUAUUUGAAUUAAUGGUUUUUGGUUCUUUCUUUGAUAUCGGUACAAAAACUAAAAAAAAUAAAUACAUUUAUUUUUAGUCUAUUUUAAAAUUGGUCCAAAGAAAUAUGAAUUAUUUUAAAUACAUUUUUUGUAUUGUUACUAAAAUCAAAAUCUUUGAAUAGAUGAUGUUUUUGGACCGAUGUUGAGAUAUUUAUCCUAGAAAUUUAAUCUUCAGAGGACUGAAUUUUGGAACGAUCUUGAUAUUGGUCCAACAAAUUGAAAUAAUUAAAUAGAUGAGGGGUUUGGAUUUAUUUUGCGUUUUGGUCUAAAAAUAGAAAUAUUUAAAUAGAUGUUUUUUGGCUCUAUUUAGAUUUUUGGUCCAAAAAUGGAAAUAUUUUAGUAAUUUUUUUUUUCUUAAAAAGGACAUCUUUAAAUAUUUCAUUUUUUGUUUCAUUUCAAAAGUGGUCCAAAAAAGUUUUUUCAAUUUUAAAUACAUUUCCUAAAAUCAUAUUAUUUGAAUAGAUGUUUUUGGAUUCAUGUUGAUAUUUAUCCAAAAAAUUGAAUCUUCGAAGGACUGAUUUUUGGAACUAUUUUGAUAUCGGUCCAAAUCUUUAAAUAUAAGUUUUUGGAUCCAUCUUAAAAUUGAUCCAAGAAUGAUAAAAACAAAAAAAAAAUGGACUUUUUUAAAUUCCUGUUUGUGUUGCUACAAAAAUCUGAAUCUUGGAUCUAUAAUGAUGAAAACAUCUAGUCAAAGAAUCGGAAUCUUUGAAUUACUGAUUUUAUUUAUUUUUUUUGGAUCUUUUUUGUGAUGUUUCAAAAAUGUUAAUCCUUAAAAAUAUAUAUAUAUUUUUUUUUUGAUCCAUCUUAAAAUUGGCCCAAGAACCUUAAUUGUUUUUUUUGAAUAGAUGGUUUUAAAUUCCUGUUUGUGGUGCUACAAAAAUCAGAAUCUGUGAAUAGAUGUUUAGAUCUAUUUUGAUAUUGAUCCAAAAAUUGGAAUCUUUCGAGUGACUGAUUUUUGAAUGAGUGUUGAUAUCAAGCCCAAGAACCAGAAUUUUUAAAAAAAUGUGUUUUUUUUUGUGUACGUUUUUCAUAAAUGUCCAAAAAUUGAAAAUCUUUAAAUGGGCGUUUUUGGAUUUUAAGGCCGACGUUGAACAAAUUUAAAAUCGACACAAAAAGGUACAACCAAUCCUGUGCAUUUUAAGCCUUGCUAACAUCUUGAUUUUUUUUUUCCCUCCCCUGCCCAAGUACGUUGCAGAGCAAUGUAUCUCACAGAACAAAAUGCAAGACUGAACCCAGAAGGGCUACAGGCAGCAAAUGCUAGGAUUGUCCUUUAUUUGAUACCUGCCCAAAAAAUAUGUCUGCUCCUAAACAGUUUACAGUAUUAUUUUUUUUACAUUGCAACCGUUUUUGGUCAGCUGGUACAGUGUAGCACUUCAGAACACUACAGUAAAUAAAAAAUAAAAUAAAAAAAAACCUAACCUACUACAGAAAAAGUCUGCUAAACCAUGAGGGUGCUUAUAAUAUAAGGGCACUUAACAGUAUUUGCAGGCAAAAAAAAUAAAUACUGAAUUACACAGUGCCCAAAAUCUACACACAAUAUUACACACGAAGCAUUAAAACUGCUGUGAAACUUUUUUUUUUUUUGCCUUCAGGCUGCUCAAAAAAAAUUGUCCUCAACAUUUUGUCGAUUCUGAGAUGCACGUAUCAAACUGAUUUUUUCUAGCAAAACUGCUACAUCCAUCUUAAUGUUUCUUUUGUUAUUUUUUGCAUUACGUUUUUUUUUUUUUUUUGUAAUUAUUUGUAUUUUUUUUUUUACUGGGGAGGGUGGGCGUGUUUGUAUUUUUUUUAUUUUUUUUCCUAAUUUAUCUUCAACAGCCUCAAGUUUCAAGCCAUAUUCUCCCCAGUACCUCUUUCAGCUUUUCUUCCCGAAAGGCAAGAUCAGGUGUAAUAAUAUUCUAUUUAUUCACUGUGUAAAUACAGAACUUUUGGAAAAUUUUUAUUAACAAAACAAAAAGUACAAAAAAAAAAAAUCCUCCAAAAAAGGAAAAAAAAAAGAAAAAAAAAAAACUCGACGGGAAAAAAAAAAACCCCCUUAUUUUGCUGUCGCUAAAGUAUAAAUUAUGCACUGUGUCCUCUUGGCAAGGCUGGGAAUAUUUAGGAAUUAUGUAUAAUUUGUAAUUAUAUUGGGAGUUGAAGAAAGUAAAAAAAAAAAAAAAGCACUUGGGGGUCUAGGCAGGGACUUGAAGGGGGCAAUGAGAGACAAUUUAAAUAUCUUAAAAAAAUAAAAAUAAAAAAUCGUCACAUUUAAAUGCUUUUAUUGUUAAAAAAAAAAA